UCUUUCUCAUUAAACACCAAAAAAUUCUCUCUUCUCUCUCUCUCUCUCUCUCUCUCUCUCUCUCUCUCUUUUAGCCUUCUUGUCUGCCUCAAUUGUUCUAAUGGCUCCUGCAAAAGAUGAACAAGAGUUCAUUUACCGAUCAAAACUCCCAGAUAUUUACAUUCCAAACUUUCUCCCUCUACAUUCAUAUAUCUUCCAAAACUUACCAAAAUUCAGCUCACGCCCAUGUCUCAUCGACAGUGCCACAGGCCAAACCUACACUUACGCUGACGUGGAGAUCAUGUCUCGAAAAGUAGCCGCCGGCCUGAACAAAAUGGGCAUCCAACGAGGUCAGGUAAUCAUGCUUUUACUACCCAACUCGCCGGAAUUUGCAUUCUCAUUCCUCGGCGCUUCCUUUCGUGGUGCCAUCACCACCACAGCCAAUCCUUUCUUUAAACCAGCCGAGAUAGCAAAGCAAGUAAAAGCCUCUGAUGCUAAAAUGAUCAUUACUCAAGCUUGUUAUGUUGAGAAGGUUAAAGAUUUAGCCCAAGAGAAUGAUAUUAAGAUUGUGUGUAUCGACUCGGUUCAAGAGGGUUGUUUCCAUUUCUCUGAGUUGACUCAGUCCGAUCCAGAUGAUAUGCCUAGUGUGGAAGUGGACCCUAAUGACAUAGUUGCUUUACCUUUCUCAUCAGGGACCACUGGGUUACCUAAAGGGGUUAUGUUGAGUCACAAGAACUUGAUAACAAGUAUUGCUCAACAUGUGGAUGGAGAGAAUCCUAACUUGUAUUUCAGUAGUGAGGAUGUGUUGCUUGGUUUGUUACCUAUGUUCCACAUAUAUGCUCUCACUGUGGUGUUACUCGGUGGGAUACGAGUUGGCUCAACGAUUCUGAUUAUGCAGAAGUUUGAUCUUGUGCUAUUUAUGGAGCUGGUGGAGAAAUAUAAGGUGACGGUGGCGCCGAUGGUUCCGCCGGUCGUCUUGGCGAUUAGCAAAUGUAAUGAGGUUGAUAAUUACGAUUUAUCCUCGAUUAGGAUGGUGAUGUCUGGUGCAGCACCGGUAGGCAAGGACCUUGAAGAUGCAUUUAGAGCUAAGCUUCCAAAUGCCAAGCUUGCCCAGGUAACUAUGUAUCCUUGUAUUUUGUGUUCAGGUUAUCUGAAGGACCCGGAGGGUACAAAGAAAACUAUUGACAAAGAUGGAUGGUUACACACUGGGGACAUCGCCUACAUCGACGAUGAUGGUGAGAUCUUCAUCGUGGACCGAUUGAAAGAACUGAUCAAGUACAAGGGGUUCCAAGUGGCCCCCGCCGAGCUCGAAGCUAUUCUCAUCACUCAUCCCAAAAUCUCUGAUGCUGCAGUUGUCCCCAUGAAUGACGAAGCUGCCGGCGAGGUUCCAGUUGCAUUUGUCGUUAGAUCCAACGGUUGUAAUGUCACAGAAGAUGAGAUCAAGGAUUAUAUCUCAAAACAGGUGAUAUUUUACAAGAGGAUCAAACGGGUCUUUUUCAUAGAUGCAAUCCCAAAAGCUCCAUCUGGCAAGAUUCUAAGGAAGGAUUUAAAAGCAAUGCUGGUGACCGGUGUUCCUAGCUAGUUAUCAUGUGUGAAUACCUAUUCAUGGCAAACGGGUCUUUGUCCCAUUUCUUCUUUGCCAGGCCAAGUAGAGCAAGACAUUGCUAGGUUCCAUGGCAAAUAAGGAAUGGGGGAAAAAAAAUAUAUGAUGGAUUUGUUUUAUGUAUGUUCAUAUAAUUUGUUGGACAAUCAUUUUGUUGCUAUUGAUCACGUAGUUUCUUUCUUUUUCAUGGAUUGUAUAUACAAACCUUGUUUUAUCUAUCAUUAUGGACUAUCUUAUUGUA